AAGAUCAAGACAAAGAUCGUAAAGUUUACCGGGAUUCUUAACGGCAACACAAAUGUUGAGUGUGUGGCGGACGGGUCGUGCAGAACACCGCCGUAACCAGUGCCUUGCUCUACACUCAAAGGAGACAGUGAGGGAGAUUUACAAAAGAUGAAACCUCCAGAAUGGUGCAGCUUCCUGGUGCUUCCCAUCUUGCUUGUUACUACCACUCAAGAAGUAUACACUGAUGUCUUGCCCACGCCUGAUGUAAUGAAGGGAGCAGUGGAGGGCCUUCUCACCCGCCUUCUGCAUCAUAGAGGGAGGGACUUCACUGUGGAAAUCGGAGGAGUAACAGGAGAAAAAGAUUACUUCAAGGUGCAUGGGGAAGGUGUGGAGGGGCGACCAGUGCAGGUGCGGGCAGGGACAGGUGUGGCAGCGGCCUUGGGUGUAAUGACAUACCUCAAGUAUCUGUGUAAUGCCUCGGUCUCCUGGGAAGCCAACCAGCUGUCAAAUUUACCUGAUGUUUGGCCUGAGGGAACCAUUGAAAGUCAGCUGCUAGAUCGGUACCGGUACUACAGCAACCCAUGUGUAUUCUCAUACUCUUACGCCUUCUGGUCUUGGGAGCGCUGGGAGAAGGAGAUUGACUUGAUGGCUCUGAUGGGCAUUAACCUGGCAUUAGCACUUGAUGGUGAGGAAGCAAUCUGGAGGGAAGUUUACAGGGACCUGGGCUUAACUGAGAAGGAACUGGAAGAACACUUUGCAGGAUAUGCUUUUCUUGCUUGGGGCAGAAUGGGUAAUAUUGAGAGGUGGGGCGGGCCUCUCUCCAUCUACUGGCAAGAAGAAAAGCUUAAACUUCAGAAGAGGAUUGUGGCACGAAUGAGAGAAUUAGGAAUGUUUACUGUGCUUCCUGCAUUCUCAGGCCAUGUGCCUAAGGGGAUAUUAAGAGUUUUUCCCACUGCUAAUAUCACAAGACUACCCGCUUGGAGUCACUUUUCUGAACCAUAUACAAGGACCUAUUUUUUAAACCCACAAGAUCCACUGUUUGAAAAAAUUACAGGAGCUUUCAUAAAAAAGAUGACAGUGGAGUUGGGGUCUGACCACUUCUACCUGGUGGAUCCUUUCAAUGAAAUGAAUCCUGUAUCAUCAGACCUAACCUACCUGGAGGGUGUCAGCCAGGCUAUUUAUGGAGCACUUAAGAAAGGUGAUCCUGAGGCUGUGUGGGUGACUCAGGGCUGGAUGUUUUUUAGUGAUAGGGACUUUUGGCAAAAACCUCAAGCAAAGGCAUACCUCACUGCUGUCCCUCAGGGCAAGAUGUUGGUUCUUGAUUUGGUAUCUGAAGAUUCUCCACAAUAUGGACGCCUGGAGAGUUUCUUUGGCCAGCCUUUUAUUUUCUGCUUACUUAAUAACUAUGGAGGAGUGAGAGGCAUCUAUGGUAAUGUGAAUGUACUUCUAAAGAAUCUUGCAGAUGCCCGGCAGUACCCCAAUUCAAGUUUGAUUGGGACGGGUAUGACUCCUGAAGGCAUUGGCUCAAAUUAUGUUAUCUUUGAUCUCCUGUCUGAAAUGUCAUGGAGAAGUCACAUCAGAGAUGUUCAAGAAUGGGCUGUUCAGUACUCCAGGAGGAGAUACAGUGUUCAAGAUGAAAACCUGGAGGAUGCUUGGAAGCUCCUCAUGUCGAGUAUCUACAACUCCUCAGGACCAAUUAGGUAUCAUGGGACAUACACCCCACUGAUGUUACGGCCCAGACUUAAUCCAAAGACUAAGAUGUGGUAUUAUCUAAAGGAUCUUGUAAGGGCAUGGGACCUCCUUAUUGGCACAACAAAGGAGCAAAUGACAUAUCAGAAUAGCCAGGAGCCUAGACUGCUUAACAUGAUCAUGAAUCCAACUGAAGCUUCAUUCAAAGGUAAAAUCUUUAGAGUGUAUUGUGGAAGAAAUGAAGUCCAAAGAGAAGGGAAAAUGUGCAGAUUUCUAAAGAAGAAAAACAAGAAACGAAUGAUAAAUACUAAUGUAGAAAUAAAUGGAGGAGUACACCUGCUUGAAGAAGAGACAUGGAAGUAUGAUCUUGUAGAAGUAACAAGAGAAUUAAUGCAGGUAAGUAUUGAUAUGUCUUUGUACUGUGCCAUACCUAAGCUGGUGUGUAGUAUGAUUGUCCAUGAGACUAAUUCUAACUAUCUGUUGGGAAGCUGGGUUCAGAGUGCAUUAAACUGGUCCAAUGAUACCCAGGAACACUCUCUGCUGAGAAGAAACUCCCUGUACCAAAUAAGCCUGUGGGGUCCCAAUGGUGAGAUCUUGGACUAUGCCGUUAAGCAGUGGAAUGGUGUUAUGGAGAGGUAUGUGGGACCUCGGUGGAGUGCCUUCAGUGAGGCCCUCCUCUCAGCAGCCAAGACUGGUGUUGCAUUGGAUAUGGCAAAAUUUAAGGCCAGUGUAUUUGAAGCUGUAGAAAAACCUUUUGCUGAAGAUCUAGAUACAUUCUAUCCUUCUUCUCCAAUAGGUGACUCUGUCAAGCUUGCUGUCAGAAUGCAUGAAAAAUACCGACCAUUGUUCACUCAAAGAAAAUUGAUGAAGCAGUACAUGAAAUUACGUGAAGAGCUUGAAGAGCCAAGGAUGAGAGUAUGAUUAAGAAAUACCAAUGAUUAAGGCUGGAAGCAAGUCUGCAUAGAUUUUUACUACUUAUGCAGGAUGCAGGCUAGUGACUGAAUAUUUUUACUACUUUUGUAGGAUACAGGUCAAUGUCUAAGAAGAUAGAAUAAAAGGUUAUCAUGAUUGGUUGACCCUUUAAAGAUAUGUAGUGGAAGAAAGGCCAUUUGUAGUGGAAGAUGUUCAAAAGAAAUGGCCAAAUGGCAGAGAAUUUUAGUUUACUGGUGAAAGGGAAAGAGCCUGUGUAGGAGUGAUAAUAAUGGUUUACCCAUGAGUUACUAAGGACAUAAUUGGUUUGAAAGUAAGUAAGGGAAAGUCACACACUGAAGAUAUGGGGAAGAUAUGGGUAUGUGUAGUGGCAAGAUGAUUAAGGCAAACUAAAAGUUGCCUGGGUCUUGGUGAUCACUUAUGGCUUGAACAACAGCACAUCAGACUUCUCUAUUUACUAUGAAUGUUCUGUCAGGAAUUCCCUCCCUGGUGACACUUGUUGGUAUUGCUGUGGUGAUUGCUCUUCAUCACUCCCACUCAUUAAGCUAGUCACUACAGAAAUACAUCUGGGAUUUGGGAUCACAACUGUAUGGCAUUUAAGAUGUGCCACAUUACUUCAUGGUGCCUAACAUUCUCUGGGAGAAUUGUUGCUUCUGCAGACCAACUGAAAGUGCCAUCCUGGCUCAUUUGAAAUUAUAUUCUCACUUUAUUUCAGUUGGCAGCUCACCAUAUUUGUUUUCCCUCUGGAUUAAAACAAGAGUAUAGUAAUAUUGUAACUAUUUUA